GAGGCCGACAAGAGAGCCCACUAAAUUAACGGAGUCUAGAGUCGUUAACUAGAGCCCAGGUGUACUGCCUCUCUGACAGUAGGCUGCUUUCAGCAAUAGAAGCUCCACAUUGAGGUUCAUGGAAUCCCACGUCAAGAUGCCGUUGUACCACUAACUGACUGAGGGAACUUGGGCUGGUCUAAAAUCUUCGAUUUCAGUUUCCUCUUCUGUAAUGGGGUGAAAAUUUAACAGCCUCCCCGGACGGCGGUGAAGAGCAAAUGACAACGAACGUGAACGAAAUUAUUAUUACUAGUAACAGAACUCAGAGCGGAGGAGGGUGGUAUAGAGGAAACCAGGGGUGUCCAGAGACGCGCGUCCCAGUCACGUCAUCUCUCUGGGCCUCAGUUUCCUCGGCAGGACCUGGCCUGGCUGGCGGCCACGACCUUCUAGCUCUGCCUUCCCGGAGGCGCCAGCACAGACCCUGUGGGAAAGGACAAGGGAGCUCGCGAGGGACCUCGAGUUACCGUCCUGCAACAGCGCCGUCUUCUCGGCCGCUCGGAGACUCUCCAGCCAGCCGGUCACCGCCAUCUUGCCUCCGCCCGGCCGCGUGCCUAGCCGCUGCCAUGGCAACGUUCCGCCUAAGGCCACUUCCGGCUACCCCGGAAGAUGUUCCGGGCGUUUGCUUUUUCCUCCCCCUCCCGUCCCCCAACCCCCGCGCCCUUCAUCCGCUCUCAUUGGCUGCUCUGCUGCCCUGAUCAACCCUCCAACAGAAAGACCAGGAUCCAGUCAUAUCUCAAUGGACCCCAGGGGCAUCUUGAAGGCAUUUCCCAAGCGGAGGAAAAUUCAUACCAGUCCAUCAACAAAAGCACUUGCAAAGAUUCCCAAGAGGGAAGAUGGAGAAGAAGCAGGAGAGUGGCUGAGCUCCGUGCGGGCACAUGUUGUGCCCACUGGCAUUGGGCGAGCCCGAGCAGAACUCUUUGAGAAGCAGAUUGUCCAGCAUGGUGGCCAGCUAUGCCCUGCUCAGGCCCCGGGGGUCACUCACAUUGUGGUGGAUGAAGGCAUGGACUGUGAGCGAGCCCUGCGCCUCCUUAGACUGCCCAGGCUGCCCCCAGGUGCUCAGCUGGUGAAAUCUUCCUGGUUGAGCUUGUGCCUGCAGGAGAGAAGGCUGGUGGACACGGCAGGAUUCAGCAUCUUCAUCCCCGAGAGGUACCUGGAUCAAGCACAGCUCAGCAAGGCAGACAAUGACUCCUCUACUUCCCCUGGAGCCCAUGAGGCUCCGCUCAGGACAGCCCUCUCUCCUCCCUCUCCUCCCACCAGACCUGUAUCUCCUUCUGAGAGGACAGAGGAGUUCGCGAGCAUCCAAGCACAGCCCGGCUCUGAUGGUGACACCAGUGAUGGGGAAGAGACCCAGGUUAGUGCAGCUGAUCUGGAAGCCCUGAUCAGCGGCCGCUACCCCACCCCCCUUGAGGAAGAUGGAGAGCCUAGCCCAGCCCCCAAGGGCCUGGAUAAGUGGGUCUGUGCACAGCCUUCAAGCCAGAAGGCGACCAACCACAACCCCCACAUCACAGAGAAGCUGGAAGUGCUGGCCAGAGCCUACAGUGUUCAGGGAGACAAGUGGAGGGCCCUGGGCUAUGCUAAAGCCAUCAAUGCCCUCAAGAGCUUCCACAAGCCUGUCACCUCCUACCAGGAGGCCUGCGCUAUACCCGGGAUUGGAAAGCGGAUGGCUGAGAAGAUCCUAGAGAUUCUGGAGAGUGGGCACCUGAGGAAGCUCGAUCACAUCAGCGAAAGCGUGCCUGUCUUACAGCUCUUCUCCAACAUCUGGGGAGCUGGAACCAAGACUGCCCAGCUGUGGUACCAUCAGGGUUUCCGGAGCCUAGAAGAUAUCCGAAACCAAGCCUCUCUGACUGCCCAGCAGGCCAUUGGUCUGAAGCAUUACCAUGACUUCCUGGACCGCAUGCCCAGGGAGGAGGCUUCAGAGAUCGAGCAGACAGUCCGGGAAGCAGCUCAAGCCUUCAACCCCGGGCUGCUGUGCGUGGCCUGUGGUUCGUACCGACGGGGAAGGGCAACCUGCGGUGAUGUGGACGUGCUGCUCACCCACCCGGACGGCCGGUCUCACCAAGGCAUCUUCAGCCGCCUCCUGGACAGCCUCCGGCAACGAGGGUUCCUGACGGAUGACUUGGUGAGCCAGGAGCAGCACGGCCAGCAGCAGAAGUACCUGGGCGUGUGCCAGCUCCCAGGGCCAGGGAGGCGGCACCGACGCCUGGACAUUAUCGUCGUUCCCUACAGCGAGUUUGCCUGCGCCCUGCUCUACUUCACCGGCUCUGCCCACUUCAACCGCUCCAUGCGGGCGCUGGCCAAGACCAAGGGCAUGAGCCUGUCGGAGCAUGCCCUCAGCACGGCUGUGGUCCGGGACACCCAUGGCCUCAAGGUGGGGCUUGGCCGGGUGCUGCCCACCCCCACCGAGAAGGAUGUCUUCAGGCUCUUAGGCCUGCCCUACCGAGAACCAGCUGAGCGGGACUGGUGACCCAUGGCUGGGGGAGGGGGUGUCAAGCGGGACCAUCCCUCCAGCCUCACCAGGCUGAACCUCACUACUUCAGCCACCACCUCCUCUGGGCCUGAUGGAAAGGGCCAGCCAGCUUCCAGGGUCUGCCCAGCCCUCUCCCCGCCAGGAGCAGGCUGCUGCCCCGUCUGCCUCACCAUUGCCCCUGCCCCAUUUGAAGCAGGAGCUGGUGCCUGGUUUGAAGCGAGCUUCCUGUGCUAAAGGCCCAGGUGUCUCUAGAAGUGGGAUGGGGGCUGUGGGGAGAGGCACGCAGUUGUGGCCCAGCAUCACCUAAGACCCUUCAGAACAGGAGAAUGAGCCACUCCACGUGCCCUCCCUCUGGCCACCCCACUUCCUGUGCAGCUGGCAGUGUGGAGAAGAGGCACCCCAGGUUCAAUGAGGACCGCAUUUGAAGGCUAAGGGGCCCAUUAAAGUGCACUUGACAUUCAA